AUGAGAGUUGCGCUUCCUUGCUCUGUGGCCACUCUAGGCCUGGCUAGCCUUAGUGUUGCGCUGGCGACGCCCAAGAGCUACUCCGUCGACAGGACCUACAGCCUUAUGUCUGACUUGGGAACGAACUUCACGGUUUAUGAGCAUGCGGCGACGAGCUCCAGAACAAGAUACGUCCAGGACUCGGGAAUCUGCGAGACGACCAAGGGCGUCAAGCAAUACUCUGGCUACUUCGACGUCGGUACCGAUCAAAACAUGUUCUUCUGGUUCUUCGAAGCUCGCAAAGAUGCGAAUACGGCCCCCGUCGCUCUGUGGCUAAACGGUGGUCCGGGCUGCAGCUCCAUGCUCGGCCUUUUCCAAGAAAACGGGCCAUGCACCUUCAACAAGGCCCCCGGCGCAGAUCCCAUUCUGAACCCCAACUCAUGGAACAAUGUUGCCAAUAUGCUUAAUACAACCGCGCUCGUCCUCUUACCGUGCUGUCUCCGCACACUCACAUUGUCUUUCAAUGCUAUUACCCCAUGUUCCAUGCUGACGGCGGCAUGCUCAUCAAAGCUCUAUGUGGAUCAGCCAAUCGGAGCCGGUUUCAGCUACGGCACGAGUGAUACAGACAGCACCGUCAAGGCCGCGCCAAAAGUCUGGGCGUUGAUGCAAUCUUUCUACAGCAAAUUUCCCGAUUACAAGGGCCGCGAGUUCGGUCUGUUCACCGAGUCUUACGGCGGCCACUACGGCCCGGAGUUCAUCGAUCACUUUCAGACUCAGAAUGACGCUAUCGACAAGGGCACUGUCAAAGGGGAGAAGAUCAAGAUUGUCGCUCUCGGUAUCGGAAACGGAUGGAUCGACCCAGUCGUCCAAUACAAGGAUUACCUGGAGUAUGCGGUGAACAACACGUACAACAAGAUCAUCGACCAGCCCAAGUUUGAUGAGCUCACUAAGGCCUAUGAGAAGGAUUGCAAGCCUGCGAUGGAAAAGUGCACUGGCCUUGAGGGACAGAACGAAGCUUGCGUGGCCGCUGAGAAUGCGUGCUAUGCCGCCGUUGAAGCACCCAUCGAAGCGGCUAAGACUUUUAACGUGUACGAUGUUAGAGCCGCGGACGACAAAUUCCCUCCUGGAACUUAUCAGGCAUACAUCAAGAAGCCUGAGGUUAUGAAGGCGAUCGGUGCCAAAUCUGAGUACCAAGAGUGCCCUCAAGCACCAUACGAUAAGUUCACCUCGACCGGCGAUGGUCAGCGAUCUUUCCUCACUAAGCUUCAAGAUAUCACAAAGAAGGAUGUCCAAGUUCUGAUUUGGUCUGGUGACGCUGACUUCAUCUGCAACUAUAUUGGCAAUUACAACGCAGCGAAGAAGAUCGGGGGUGAGGAGUUCGAAAAGGCAGAGAUGAAGGAUUUCACAAUGAACGGCAAGAAGAUGGGCGAGUACAAGAACAUCAAGAACUUGAGUUGGCUGAGGGUUCAUGAGGCGGGUCAUGAAGUGCCUGCUUAUCAACCAGAGGUUGCUCUGGAAGCCUUCAAACAGACUAUGGCGAAGAAGGGUAUCUCUUCCCCGUGA